AACAGAAGUCCAGAUUACUACCCACGGCCCACGCCCACCGCAUCGUCCUCCAAAGCCCACCCUCGUCCUCCCUUACCUCGUCCCCCCACCGCUGCCGCUUCAUCCUCAGCCACCGCCCACCGCCUCGCCGGCGACCCUCCCGUCCACCGCCCCUUCCCCACCCCCGCCUGCGAGUUCGUUCGAGGAGAUGUCUUCAAAGCGCGAGAACGGGUCGGACGGCGACGGACUCGGAGCCGAGGGAGGCGUGCCUCCGUCGCCUCUAUACGCCGCCCCAGUCGUCUGCCUCCUGCGGUCUGCCGGGGACUUCGGCGCUGGCGCCUUCGUUGGAGGCAUCGUUGGAUACGGGCAAGGUUUGAUCACUAAGAAGGGCUUCAAGGGCUCACUCACCAAUGCAGGCUCUGCUGCCAAGACUUUUGCAGUUCUCUCCGGCGUCCAGAGUUUUAUUGUGUGCUUGUUGAGAAAGAUACGCCAAAAAGAUGAUCUUGUCAAUUCUGGCAUUGCUGGCUGCUGCACUGGCCUUGCCUUGAGCUUUCCAGGAACACCUCAAGCAUUGCUUCAAAGCUGCGCCACUUUCGCAGCGUUCUCUUGCAUAAUGGAGGGGCUGAACAAGCAGCAGGCUGCAAUGGCUCACACCCUCGGCGGGAAUGCUCUGACCUUUGCGCACGGGAAAGGUGGCGUUCUCCCCCCUUUCACGCUUCCGCCAAUUCUUGACGCAUCAGAUGCUCUAGCUUCAUGCUGCAAGACCUUAGUCAAGCCCAAGCACUAGACAACAUCACAGGGAGGGAAAGAGAGAGAUGAUCAGCAAAAACCUUAGCACCAGACUUCCUUCGCGAAUGUAGAUUUGUUUCUCGACUUGUCAAGAGCGUAGAUUUGUUUCCUUGCCAGUUUUUUGUUUCUGCCUUCUGCAGCAUGUGCUCUUUUGAGAUGGCAGAAGAUAAAAAACCUGAAAUUUCUGGCGUGGCCUUCGCAUUUUGUACUCCUGUUAACAUCUGAGAUAUGGUUUGUGGCAAGUAAGAAUGAAGUGACGGCAGUUCUUCAGAUUCUAAA